GGGCUGGAGCAGUAUCAGAGCACAGCUGAAGGAAGCUGAUUACUGCUGGUUUCAAAUUGGCUGGGAACAAUACACACACACACACACACACACACACGCAGCCCGCACCCUGGCUCCCGCGUCGCCGCUCCGCGCCGGGGGGGAAGAUGAGCUCAGGGGACGUCGUUUGCACUGGAUGGCUCAUUAAAUCACCCCCCGAGAAGAAACUCAAGAGAUACGCAUGGCGGAAGCGCUGGUUUGUGCUGCGCAGAGGCCGCAUGAGCGGGAACCCGGAUGUGCUGGAAUACUACAGGAACAACCACUCCAAAAAGCCCAUUCGGAUCAUCGACCUCAAUGAGUGCGAAGUCCUGAAGCACUCGGGGCCCAACUUCAUCAAGAAGGAAUUUCAGAACAACUUUGUCUUUAUUGUGAGAACCACCUACCGCACCUUCUACCUGGUAGCCAAAACUGAAGAGGAGAUGCAGAUCUGGGUGCACAACAUCAGCCAGAUCUGUAACUUUGGACAUCUAGAAGAUGGCACAGGUUCAGUGGAGAGCCUGUCUCACACCACCUCGUCCCCACAGCCAUCGCCGGCUGCCUCCACCCACGCCUCCCGCAUCGCCGAUCCCUCCUUCUCGGUUGACCAGGCUGCUGCUGACGCAUCUGCUGCGGAGGAGACCCCCAGUGAGUCGGAGUCUGUCUUCCUCCCCGACUACCUCUUCCUCUCCAACUGCGAGUCGGGCAAACUCAGCCACAACAGGUGUCACAGCUGGUCGAAUUCAGACAGAUCUCUGGAGCAAACCUCAUCAGAUGAUGUCUUUGUUGACUCCUUGCAGUCCCAGCCCUCCUUGUACCUUGUACAGCCAUCCAGUGCCAGCUCGGUGCACCAGGAUGGGGCCCCACUGGCAAACCCUGGCACUGUGUCCAGGAGCAUAGACAUUAAUGGUCCACCCAGUGACUUUUCCUCCUCUUCUCCGCUACUGGGGACACCCCUGACACCAACGCUUCAGAUUGACAAGAGCCAAAAUGCGCUGCCCUAUGGUGUAACCACGCUGGAUGUCUUGUCCAACACACCCCCACCACGGCCACCCAAGCCAACCCACUUCUCAGACAGGAGAGGGGACGAGUUGGGCAGCGGGGCCCUCCAGAACGGGCAUGCAGGGAUCUGCCGAACCCAGGUUGCUCUGGUGCCCAGAAGAAUCUCCUUGUCCAGCUUAGACAACGUGAGGAACUGGAAAGCAGACAUGGAAGGCAAUUCCUUAAGAAGUCGGGAUAAGAGGCUUAGCUUGAAUUUGCCCUGUCGCUUCUCCCCGCUCUACUCGGCCGCUGCGGACAGCACAGAGGACAGCUACGUGCCCAUGCGCCCCAGCACCUCCCCCUCCGCGCCUGGCCCCGACUGUUCCCCCGACGGCUACAUCCCCAUGAGCCCCGGCUCAGCCACCUUUACUUUCCCUGUCGUCAGCACUGAAAAGCUCACCAGCCCUUUACCUGAGCUUCCCUCCGACCUGGAGCCCCCUCCAGUCAACCGAGACCUCAAGCCUCGUAGGAAAUCACGGCCACCUCCUCUGGACUUGAGGAACCUCUCCACAAUUCGGGAGCAUGCUGCUGUGACCAGGAUGUGGACUGUGCCUUACAAUCGAAUGAGCUUUAUCUCACCAGAAAGAGACGGUAUUAAUUCAGCAAGAAUAUUUGCCAGUUCAGUUUCCGGAGAAGAGGAAGAAAGUUACAUUCAUAUGGAACACAGACAGGCAACAUCUCCAUACAGUGGUGCUUUUCCAUGGACAAGGAAAUCUAACCUUGAUUACUUAGCUUUGGAUUUUAAUUCUGCUUCCCCAUCCCCUGUGCAGAAGAAACCUUUCCUCUCUGAGGAGCAGAGAGUAGACUAUGUCCAGGUAGAUGAGCAGAAGACUCAAGCUUUACAGAACACUAAGCAGGAAUGGACAGAUGAGAGGCAAUCAAAAGUCUAAAGGAGGAAGACUUGGGACCUGGAGGAUUUAUAUUUUUUUUUGCACUGGAACCACAAUAUUAAUGAAGCAGCUAUCACAGUAGAGUUCAAAGGCAGAGAGAGUUGUAAGAUGCUUGUGAUCUGUAGAGGAAAGACAUUUUUAAUGGAAACCUUUGAUUUCAGCUGGAAAUAGUAUGUUGAAUGAGCGAGUGGUUCACUGAUGAUUGAAGUAAUGCAUUACCCAUUUUACUGCUCUUACCAAUAAGCUACAUGGUACUGUUUUCUGGCAUGAUUCUGUGACAAGUCAUACACUUAACAAGUCCACUACAUGUUGCAUUAAUCUAGUUAGUCCUGCCUUCUCCUUCUGUUGCAUAAUUCCUAGUUGCUAAAGCUAUUUUUUUUAUAUUCCUACCAAUACUGCAGUUGCUCAGAGUGCUUUUAUGGCAGUGGGCAUCUGACAGGUAUUGGUGACUAAUCAACUAAGGGCUAAAAUACUGAAACAAAAAGAACUUUUUGAAUAUAUAGUGCUUAAGCAAAGAGAACUUUGGAAGAUAUUUUUCCCCUGGGUUUAAAGGUCUGACUGAGCAGAUGCUGUCAGACACUCCAAACAGGACUGUGUACCGAUGGGACUGGAACGUGUGGUCUUUGACCUUCUGGACAACAGUCAUUGUAUUAAGCUUCUCUCCAUUGUGGCUCAUACUUAUUGCCUUUCUGUCUGAUUCCUACUGAUGUUUUCUCCCCUGUCUUGAGGAGCAUCUUCAGCACAGUACAGCACAGCUGCUCCUCUAGCAGGAGGCUGCAGGCACACAGCUCUUGGCUGGCCAAAAAAUAGAAAGCGAAGCUGUGAGCCUGUUUCUGCAAGUCUCGGGAGAACUGGCAAGGGAUCAAGAAUGCUUUCAUCUGAACUGCAGAAGAAAUGCCAUUGGAAUUGCUGGUAGCAAUUGUUUUACUAGACCCACCCCCAUAAAAAAGAGAAUUAGGAAGUGCAGCAUGCUCCGAGGGAGGCCAGCAGGCCUGCCAAAAGAAAACAACAAUGUGCUUACGCAGCGUGAGGACCUCUGGGUUCAGGAAGCUUAUCUACCUUGGGACUUGUUACAGGCACUAUCUCAGGAUGACAUAUGUGUAUAGUUUAUAAACAUAUUUAACUUGAAAAGCUUGGCUACAAUCUUUAAUUUAAGGCAGCACACAGCCACUUGAAUCAUGGAAGUAUGCAGUACUGCUGAGGGACCCACACUGGAUAUGAUCUUGCAGGCCUUGCCCAUGUGAGUGAGUCCCACUGGCCAUGAGAGGCCUGAUCCUGCCAGCAAGGACAGCCAGCCAGGACCCUUGCGAAACAUUUCCUCUUUGUGCCACGUCAUUGGCCUCCCUUCAUGUGCCUGUUGCUACCACGUUGUAUUACUGUAAUCUGACAGCCCAAAAACACUGAUUUACCAAACAGAGGAUGUAGAAAUGUCGUUGCAGGAACUGCUGGCGUUUCAAGGCUCCUCCUUGCUGUCCUCCACGCACCUAUUCUGCUUCAGCCAUCUGGGCACUCCGGGAGGACAAGACGCGGCCAAGCGGCACGUCCUGCUGGGAGAGGCAGCGCAGCUAACAGAAACACCUUUUUCCUCCUACCUCAAGAGAGCUGAAGUGCUUGCAAGUCUCGCUGCUUCUUUAGAGCAAAUACGAAGCUGAGGAUCUGUGGUGACCAGGCUGUUACUAGCUUUCCCUGAGAGAAUAACAAGGUUCACCAGCACCUUUAUUGACUGGGGGGCAAACUGCGUAACCAGGCCUGUGGGCAUAAAGUGUUCUGGACUAGAGCUGCUUGGAAAACUGGGGUUUAUACUGCAGAUAGUUGACCUGCUGUUUCCUUCUACUCUGCUCCUCCCCUGCCACCAAAGCUCUGAAAUGAAAGUUAGUGUUCAUACAAGUUUAGAAGAUAAUCCAGACUUUUCUGUAUAAAUCUUGUCUGACUGGUGUGAAAUUUAGUUUCUUAAAACCCAGUUGUUUUUUCCUAAAACUGGCUGAGGAGAGCUCUCAGUAACCAUGCCCUGGGUGUGGUAGUACUACAGGGGAAGUGGUUUUGGGGUGAGGAGGUGGAGACCUGCACCUCCAUCAAGGCGUUGGAGAAAAGUAAGCAAGGGAGGGCCACAGUUAGGGAGGCAUUUGCCUUUCUGCUCAAAAGAAUUGCCUUCUUUCAAGGUGUUCAAAUAAUGUAUGUUACUGAAAGCUUUUGGUGUAUGCUGCAGUGCUGAAGGAGUUAAAAGACCAGCUAAAAUCUGUAUAACAGUAGGGGACAGAAAACAUCCCCAAAGGGCAGGUAAAAUUAUGCUGUGCUCCUGCAGAUCCCACCCUGUGGACUGCUGGCUCGGCAGCCUCCCAGUGCGUUGCAAUAGCAUACAAAUCAGCUCGUGUGUGACUGGAGUGGUUCUUUUCAUGCUGUCAGAAAGUCUUCUGAAGUGGAAAACCACCAAGUUAUUGGAGACAACUGGCUCACACGUUACCCUAGUUUGUUGUAAAAAUAUUUAAACUUUGACCAACCUGGCUAACAGAUCAGUCAGAAGUUUAGAAAAGAAAGAGCUCUUUUGGUAUUUUUCUUUUUCCCCUAAAAGGACAUAAGCAUAUAGCUUGGCGGGGACUGUCCUUGGAUCGGAAUAGCACCUUUUCAACUUCCUCGUGUCCCCUGUUUGCCCCCACCACUCUGUUAUCUUGAUCAAAUGUUGCUCACUGCUUUCUAACUUUCACUUUUUAACUAAAAGCUAAGUUUGGGAGUUUAUUCAGAUGUUUCAUUUAAGGUCUGUUUAUACCUGCUGCUCCAAGGUCUGUGCCAUGCAGUCUGCUGUUAGCACAACACAUGAAACAGGAGCAAUUUAAAAAAAUAAAUUAAAAAAUAAUAAUAAUUUUAAAAGCAGAGCAGUCCUCCCCCAAGGCUUUUUUAUCUUUUUGUUUUAGACAAAUUCCACAAUAAUCCAAAGAAGGUAAAGAGGAGGAGGAUGGUUAGAGGCCAUAGGAGGCAAAGGCCAUAUCUGCUGGGGGCACCCCAUCAUUAAGGAUUCUGGUGCAGUACAGGACUCAGGUACUGAUGGGCUGCCAUGCUGGGAGCUGCAGCAGCCCAGGGCCAGCACCCAUAGAGUCUUUUGGUGGGAGAGGAGGGACGUUACAGAGAAAAAAGGAGACGCUGUUUAAUUAAGUUUAUUCUUCAAUACUGAUCCUUUGGCCAAAGAGGAAAGAAAAGCUGUGAAAGCACCUGGAAACUGAGUCAGCUUAUGACAGCAUCAUGUCUGAAUAUGCAGUCCGGGCAAGACCCCCUGGUUAGCACUGGGUCUGGUAUCAGCCAAGCACACUCCUGGCAGGGUCUGCUUUUGCUGUGGGUCUGUUACAUUGAGGAUUUCUUUAAAAAGUAUCAUGAGAGUUGAUACAGAGAGAGGCUCUGCACCUAAAGGAGCGUGGCAUGGCCAGUGGUCCCUUGGGAAACUCUUAUCUCCUGGGGGAAUUGGCAUGGUCCAGCUCAGGACUUGGAGUGCCUUCUCCAGAACUGCUGGAAUUUCUUGUUUAAAAUGGAGAGGAGCACUAAAUUAGCAGAACAGGUUUUGCUUAGCUGGAAAUGUCUCUGCUUGGAGUUGUCUGAUGAAGCUCAAUUGCAGAACAAUGUGGAAACCACACAAGGUAAAUGGUUUCAGUGCUGUGGUUGUUGUUAGGUUGAUCAUCUGGGAUCCCCCCACUGCUGGCAUGGCUGGUGGGAGAACUGGAAUGCCAACACCCAGGCAUGGGAGGAAGGAGAUCACAGAUGAGCUGGAUCUCUUUUACUGACAUUUUAUGCUUUCUCUGAGCAUAAAAUCAGCCUGCAUCAAACCCCUGCUUGAAAUACACCCUGAAGAAUCAUAAAGAAAUCAGUCUGAUCUGGGCUUCUUUCCUGGACUGAGCAGGAUUUCAGUACUCACUAAGAGCUGCAAGCAUUCCCAAGGUCUAUACUCAGUUUGGGUUUAAUAUGGCCUUAUUCGGCAGUUUUUCAAUAAUCAUGCUUUUGAGCAAGGCAUAGCAGGAUCCAAGGCUCAUUUGCUUUUUGGACUAAGCUCUAUUUUCCAUUUAUAAUUCCUUUAUUAAAGGAGGCAGCAUUAAAUUCCUUACUGGCAAAUAGGAACUCUUUACCUGAGAAAUGUCAACAGCCAUUUAACUUCAGCCAGGUGUUUUCAGCCAGCUCACCUUUGCCAACAGUAGCGCCUGCUCUCUUCUGUGUCACUAAUUACAUCAUAGAUGCAGAUUUUGGAGUUGCAUUCACUGAAGUGAUUUCAGUGGUUUAGUAACUCAAAGACCAUCAGAUGCUGUGAUGAGAAUGAAGCACAGAGCAAUGCCUUUUCUUUGUUCCCCUGUUCCGCAAAACUUGCUCAGGUUUAAAAAAAAAAAAAAAAAAAAAAAAAAGCCACCAAAAUACCAGACUUUUUUGCCAUGUCAAAGCCAGAAUAUUUUUGUUCAAAGAAGAACAAACUUUCUUCUUGUGCAAAUGAAGCAUUAUGCAUUUUUUUGUAUUUGUUAAUCUAUGGGGAAGCAUUAAACAGUCAUCUCUGUUAUGAAGGAGUAAGUCAUUGAUAAAGGGAAGGGGCUCGCCUUCCUGAUGUUCCAUUGUAAUGUUUGUUGUAUAUAUUUGCACAUUAAACUGUGUAUCUUUUUUCUAAUAAAUUAAUAUAAAAUGUA